AUGCGGCCUGCGGCAACGACCAGCAGAAUUGGCGUCGAUGGAGGCGGCCGCCGGGACGCCUACGGUCCCGCGCCCCUCGCGCCGCCGACCGUUGCGGGCACCGCCCCGCGCGCGGUUCUCGCGCAGCCGCAGCCGGCCUUCCGUGCCGCCGCGGCCGCGGUGGCAGCGGGCCAGCCUCAGGCAGUAGCCGCCCCGGGCACCUCCACCUUCCGGCCCGUGCCGCCAUCGACGUCGCCGGCGGCGUUGCCCCCAGGCGCAGCAGGCCCGGGCGCUGCCCUCGGUGGCGCCUCGCUCGCGUGGCCGCGCGCGCCCGGCUUGGCAGCACCGGGAAGCGUCAGCGCGCCGGGCCCGUCGCCGUAUUUGCAGGCUUCCCGAGGCGGCGCCCCGGCGGGGCCCAGGCUGCAGGCGCCGCAGGGCGGCGGCGCCUCCGCGGUGCAGGCUGGCGGCGGAGGACCGCUGGGCGCGGGCGGGGCGCUGCUGGGCGCGGCCGCCCGGGCCGUGCAGCCGGGCGCCGUGGCCAAUCUGCUGGCGCAGCCCCUGCUGGGGACCUGCAAGGACGUGGCUCUCGCGGCCCACCCGGCGGAUGUGAUAUUCGUCUUGCCAUUGGACGACAAGGAUGAAAGCACGGUCGACGGAGAGGCCGUCUUGGUGCAGUGUUUCCAGAAGGGCGCCGAGCAGUAUUUCCUUGGUACCGCCGAGGCGUGCCGCCAACCGAAGCCCAUGUUGAAAGACGUGCGUGAAGCGUUUCAGAGGGACUUGCACACACUCCUGCCCAGCUGCGGCUUCUGUGUGAAAAGCUUCAAGUCCGUGGAUGAGGAUGAGCUCUUUCUGCGCGUAAAUAUCAGCAAUCCUGAAGUGUCAGAGUUCUACGCGGCAAAGUUUAGCAUGCGCUUGCAAACGACGAAGGAGCUUACCAAGGCUCUGGAGAUCGAUCAGCCCUGGGAGGACGUGUCCCCGGGCUUCGUAAUCUAUGACAAAGACUUCGUAGACCACCAGCAGCAAGUUUUAGGCUUGAGCAAGGACACCCUCUUUCGGAUGUACUUUGGCACGAACGAAGCUGGCACGAUAUUCCGACAAGUUGACAGGAUCAGGAUCAUAUACAACGUAAUGAACGAUAUGGUCGACUUGGAUGGCUUGGCGAAUUUUGGUCUUGUGGUCGCCCAUUUUCCCGUACACAUCGGGAAGUCUCUGUGCGAGUUCAAGUACGAUUGGGCCAGCCUGUGGCCACGCCGCAUGCUGGACCUAUCAGUCUGGCAGCCCCUGGAUCACAUCAAAGACUAUUUCGGCGAGCUGGUGGCCUUCUACUACGUCUGGGCCGGCUUUACUGUCAAGUUGUUCCUUCAUUUGGGUGUUGUGGCGGUCGCCGUCGCGCUCUUCAACAAUUUCAGCCCGCUGGAUAAACAGAUAACUAGGCUCAUCAGCUACUCUGUUUUCGGGCUGUUCAUGGUUGCUUGGAGCUCGUUCUACCAAGUCCUCUGGCAGAGGACAGAAUAUUGGUACCGUGCGAAGUGGGACAUGCUUGACGCAGAGACCAGGAGCACAGUGCGCGCCGACUUCAAGGGCGAGCUGAGGCCGAGCCCCCUAGACUGCUCGAAAAUGGAGCGUCAAGAUGUCGGGCACAACAAGGCUCGAUCCAGGCUUGCAUCAUCGUCCAUUAUGUUAGUGUUCUUCGUCACCAUCGUGGCAAGUGUGAGCUUUGAAACGGUGGCGGAUUGGCUUCGCGACCCUUUGAUCCGCCGUUUCGGCGAGCAGCGAGGUGUCAGUUAUCAGGGGUAUUACAUGGGCGUUCAGAUUCAGAUCAUCAACACCGCCUGGGGCUGGAUUGCCCCCUGGCUGGUUCACCUGGAAAACCCACGCACCGAUCUCGAGUAUCAGAAGAGCCUGGUCUGGAAGCAGUUUUUAAUCCAGUCGUUCAACUCGUACAAUGCCUUUAUCUACACCGCAUUUGCUCAGAGGUAUCUCGAUGGGAAUUGCCCUCACGACGAUUGCUUAGACUUGCUCUCCGAGAUGCUUUACGGGACGAUGAAAUCUCUUGCGAUCAUGAGUUUCGUCUCAAACGCUAUCGGUUAUUUUCAGGUUGUUUGGGCUAUGCGUCAAGAGGAGGCAGAGCUUGCGAGAAAGCAGAAGGCUGACUUGGCUGGCGGUUUUGCUGCUGGUGCACAAGCUCUCUUGGAUCGAACUGGCAUCAGCCGUUCCUUCAUGGAGAAGCAAGGGAAGAUGAGCCAAUACACCAUUGAUGACCAAGUUGCCGACUACGUAGAGUUAGUGAUCAUCAUCGGCUACGUGCCACUGUUCUGCGUUGCUGCUCCGGGCAGUGCCAUCCUCGCUCUUCUCGUCGUCACCGUGCUGCUCCGCUGCAAGGCAUGGAAAUUGUGCAGCGUGAUCCGGCGGCCGUUCCCGGCUGCUGCCGACGGCAUUGGCGAUUGGAAUACAGUAAUCUCCCUUCUGUCUUGGGCAGGUGUUUUGUCAUCGGUCGCGAUCCCGCUGGUGAACUUGAAAUAUCUGGACCAUUUGAGCGUUCCCCAGAAGCUCCUCCUCUUCUUCGUCAUCGAGCAUAUCCUGGUGGCCGUCCGGCUCGUCGUGAACUGGUGCCUGCCCACGGAGAGCCAGGGGGCAGACCUGAUGCUGAAGCGGCGGAGGCUCGUGGCCGACGUGCUCAUGAAGGGCGGGAAGGGGCACAGAGGCUCCCACGACGGCAUGCCCCCCGGCCUGCGCUCUGAGCCGCCGGCGCCGUUCCACCUCGCGAGGUGCCUCACCAGCGUCAGCGACGAGUGGCAGUUCGUGGAGAAGGAUCGGCCGACGUCCGCCGUGCCGCCGAGGCGGCCGUACUCCGCUCGAACCGGGACGACUGCGUCUGAGCUGGCGCAGUGCGGCGCACGCGCUCUGGAGGACGUGAGCCCCCGCCCUGAGGCGGGCCCGGCCAGCGGAGUCUGCCGUCCGUGCUUCGCCCGAAGCGGGCCAGCGGUAUUGUUUUUUCUAGGUUCCCCCAGGAUUCCUUGGAUCUGCGCUGGGGCCCCGUGGCUCCGCGCGCCAGGCGCGGGGGGUCCGGCGCAGUUCCGGAGAGGAAGUCCUGGCGGACCUCCGAGAGCGUAUGCUUUUGUGUAUUUCUCUCCUUCGAGUGGAGGACAGAGAGCCUCUCUAAGACGGGCCCGGCGGGCUGAGUCGCAGCGUGUCACCCUUUCGGUGCGCCCUCCAGGCUGUCAAGCAAGCGGGUGCUGGCGCACCAGGCGGUCGGUGCGAGCGAGACCAGCUGGGGCCUGCCCAGCGUUCUGCACUAUUGCGGCCGCGGCUGCGGCCGCAUUUUCAGCACUUUCUGUGGCGUUCUUGGUAGCAAGCUUCGGGCGGGGCAUUUCCGACAUGAUGAGCCUGAAGCAGAUCGAUACCCCUUUGAUUGGCAUCGCCUUGUUUCGAUGCCGGCCGUAA